AUACUUCAAGAAGUGUCAAGGCAUCUCCAGAAACAGCUGAAAUCUUUUUUCAGAAGUUAAGAAAUAAAUAUGAAUUCACAAUCCUGGUGACCUUAAAACAAGCCCGUUUGAAUUCAGGGGUUAUUCUCUCUAUUCAUCAUUUAGAUCACAGGUACCUGGAGCUGGAAAGCAGCGGUCAUCGAAAUGAAAUCAGGUUGCAUUAUCGUUCAGGCAGUCAUCGCUCCCACACAGAAGUAUUCCCAUAUAUUUUGGCAGACGAUAAAUGGCACAGGCUUUCCUUAGCAAUCAGUGCCUCUCACUUGAUUUUACAUGUGGACUGCAAUAAAAUUUAUGAGAGAGUUGUGGAGAAGCCCUUCAUGGACUUACCUUUGGGUACAACCUUUUGGCUGGGACAGAGGAAUAAUGCACAUGGUUAUUUUAAGGGCGUAAUGCAAGAUGUGCACUUACUUGUCAUGCCUCAAGGAUUUAUUUCUCAAUGCCCAGAUCUUAAUCGCACAUGCCCAACUUGUAAUGACUUCCAUGGACUUGUGCAGAAAAUUAUGGAACUGCAAGAUGUUUUAGCCAAAACAUCAGCAAAGGUAAUAUUAACUAGGAGUCAUGUCAUGAGAAACAAGGACUCUAAGGCUUUAAUUGCUGUCUUUUUUGAUUAUUUGUGCGUAUGUGGGAAUGUGCAUUUGUCCCAAGCUGAGCAGAGGAUGAACAAGUUGGAUCAGUGCUAUUGUGAAAGGACCUGCACAAUGAAAGGCAUGACGUACAGAGAGUUUGAAUCCUGGACAGAUGGCUGUAAGAACUGCACUUGCAUGAACGGUACUGUGCAAUGCGAGGCUUUGAUUUGCCCCCUCUCUGACUGCCCGCUUAACUCUGCCCUGGCGUAUGUGGAUGGCAAGUGCUGCAAAGAAUGUCAAU